AAUACAUUAAAGGCCGACGCUCCAGCAUCAACGCGAAAGGUAACGAGUGAGAAUAAUAGACAAAAGUUGAGGUGUUCAUAUUCGUAUUGUCUAGUGUGUUAUAUACAAAUAUCGCAGUAGAAUGUAAUCCAGAGUAUUUAAAAAAGGACAUUUAGUAUUAAACUGUUUUGAAAAAAAAAAAUCAGUAUUAUUAUCAUAAUAAAUUGGAAGUGUAUGCAAAAUAGGCCCAGUGCUUAUUGUAUAUUUAAUGUGGUGGAUUAUAUGAUAAAAUUUACAUUAAAAUACCUAACACAGUGAGGAUAAAUGUGUACGCAAAUGAGCGGAUGCCGACCAUGCAAAGAAGGUUUCCUAUGAAAAUUGAUUGUGGAGCCAUUAAGAAAAAUACACCAAGACGUAUUUACACAUAAUUGAACAGAUUUGUGUUGAAACAAAGAUGUCGAUAUUAAUAAAUCUUAUUUCGGGAUAUUAAAAAGUCCUUACGACAAGUACAACUUUGGAGUAAAGUCAAAAUUAAUAAAAUGAAAUACAAGUUUUAAUGUAAUUAUGCACUUAAAUAUACAUACACCCAGAGGUCGUGUGACAGCUGAAAUUUUGAGUUUCGAAAAUUUAAGGUUUAAUAAUUUUCGCUAAAGGAGGAUCCAAAUCCAAAUCCGAGCUGCAAAUUUGACACCGCCUUUUACACGUGAAGAAUUGCGCAUCAGCAAAAGUAUAAAAAAUCAGUGAACUCAAACAAAGACUUGAUAUUUACCCAACAAAUAAAAAAACAGAAUUAAUUCACUCACCAAAAGAAAUAUCACAAAUGAUGUAUAAAAGAUGUAAUGGAAAGCCUACUUCAUUGUAAAAAAUGGGGUUGCAUUGCCUUUUUAAGACCAUUUUGAUGGUGUACGUUAUUAAAGCUGAUCUUGGUACAAUUGCAAAUGCGCUGGACCUUCAAGGACCGAUAUUUCUUCACGAGCCACAACAUCGCAUCGAAUUCUCAAACAAUACUGGCGGCUUAAUAGAGUGUUCUGGUCAUGGCAGUCCACCGCCAGAGGUGGAAUGGACUCCAAUACCUCCACAGCAAGACAUGGUGUUUACACUCUCGAAUGGGAGCCUUAUGUUUUAUCCCUUCUCGGCGGAGAAGUACAGACAUGAAGUGCAUGCCACAGUCUACAGAUGCAAAUUACGCAAUCUGGUCGGCACAAUACUUAGCAGGGAGGUGCACGUACGAGGAGUGGUCAACCAAAAAUACACAGUACAAGUUCACGAUGAAUACGUGAUGAGUGGCAACACAGCAGUAUUGAAAUGUCAGGUGCCCAGCUACAUGUCAGAGUUUGUUAUGGUAACAGCUUGGGUGCAAGACACUGGCAUGCAUCUGUAUCCCAAUACGGACAUAGGAGGAAAGUAUACAGUACUAUCUAAUGGGGAACUCUAUAUUAACAAUGCGGGGUCCAAUGAUGCGUUUAAGAGUUAUACUUGUCGAACCGUAAAUCGAUUAACAGGUGAAAUACAAAUAUCUACAUAUCCUGGACGCAUCAUUGUCACAGAGCCAAAAGGCAUGGUGCAACCACGUAUAAACGUCGAAAAGCAUUCGCUUAGGCAUGUCGUGCUUAAUGGACAGACGACAUUACCGUGUAUCGCUCAGGGCCACCCAGUGCCGACAUACCGCUGGUUCAAGGAAGAAAACGAACAGCUAUUACCGCUGCAACUAAGCGAGCGCAUUACAAUCGUCUCGGCGGGAUUACUCAAAAUAGCAAAGGCUCGCCUCGAGGACAGUGGCAAAUAUCUUUGUUGGGUAAACAACACCGCCGGUGAGGAAACCAUACAGGUGUCAUUAACAGUAACUGCCCCCUUAACGGCCCAUUUACAGCCUCAGGUACAAACAGUGGAUGUUGAUAAGGACGCGCAAUUUCAGUGUAUUGUGUCCGGACAUCCAGUGCAUGAUGUUAAUUGGUUACAUGAUGGAAAACCAAUAUUGCGCGACAAUCGGGUUGAGAUACUAGCCGACCCACCCAGAUUGAUAAUUAAGAAAGUGCAAAAAGACGAUCCCGGCAUGUACCAGUGCUUUGUUUCGAAUGAAUGGGAGCAAAUUCAGUCCACAGCUGAGCUACAACUUGGAGAUGCUUCUCCGGAAUUGCUUUAUUGGUUUUCGGAGCAAACAUUGCAGCCAGGACCGACUGUGUCGUUGAAAUGCGUAGCAACCGGAAAUCCUCUGCCGCAAUUCGCAUGGUCACUGGAUGGUUUUCCGAUUCCAGAUAACUCUCGGUUCUUGGUCGGGCAAUAUGUAACCAUUCACGAUGACGUCAUAAGUCAUGUGAACAUAUCAAAUGUGAAGGAAGAAGAUGGUGGUGAAUAUGCCUGCACAGCGCAAAAUGCCAUCGGAAAGGUAUCCCAUAGUGCAAAAGUGAAUAUCUACGGACUUCCAUAUAUACGAGAAAUGCCAAAAAUAACUGGUAUAUCUGGCUCAGAUUUGAUUGUGAAAUGCCCUGUAGCUGGCUAUCCUAUCGAUAAAAUUCAUUGGGAGCGUGAUGGCCAAACUCUGCCCAUUAAUCGCAGACAGCGCGCAUACAACAAUGGUACCCUCAUAGUAGAGCAACUGCAGCGACUGGAAGACGCAGGCACUUAUACUUGUAUGGCACAAAAUAAACAAAAGCAAACCUCGCGUCGAAAUGUGGAGAUUCAAGUUCUGGUCCCUCCUAAAAUUAUGCCAAUCCAAGCCAUGACCAAUAUGUUGCGUGAAGGCAUGCGAGCUGCUAUAUCAUGCCAAAUCCUUGAGGGCGAUUUGCCAGUCAGUUUUCGGUGGGAGCGUAAUGGCAAACCGUUAAUAGGAACAGGCAACGAAGUCUUUCGCCGAUUAGAUGAAUAUUCUGCCAGCUUGGUGAUUGAACACAUUACCUCUGAACAUUCAGGUAACUAUACAUGUAUUGCGAGUAACGUCGCCGGUAUGGAGCGCUUCACGGUACCACUGACUGUGAAUGUUCCUCCAAAAUGGGUGCUGGAGCCAAAGGAUUCAAGCGCUCAAGCUGGACAAGAUGUUUUACUGCAUUGUCAGUCCUCUGGGUAUCCAAAGCCAACGAUUACAUGGAAAAAAGCUAUUGGACCUACUCCAGGAGAAUAUAAGGACUUUUUGUAUGAGCCGACUGUACAGUUAUUUCCGAAUGGGACUAUAUACUUCAAGAAGAUUAGCAAGGAGUCACAGGGACACUUUCUUUGCGAGUCCAAAAACAAUAUCGGUUCUGGCGUAAGCAAAGUUAUCUUCCUUAAAGUAAAUGUACCUGCCCACUUUCAAACAAAAACAAAGCAAAUUUCAGUUGCGAAAGGAAAGCAAGUGCACGUUCAAUGUAACGUUCAGGGCGACAAUCCCAUCGAUAUCAAAUGGAAAAUACAAGCGACGCAACAGUAUUUGGAUGAAUCUCUCGAUUCUAGGUACACAAUUCGUGACCAGGUACUAGACGAUGGUAUGGUCUCUGAAUUAGGCAUUUCUCAUACAUAUCGCCAGGAUACAGGCAUCUAUAUUUGCCAGGCCAGCAAUGCUUUCGGACAGGAUGAAAUGUCGAUUCAAUUAAUCGUACAAGAGGUUCCAGAACAACCGAAAAACCUUCGUAUUAACUCACAACAGUCGCGUAGCCUUCAACUAACUUGGAGUCAGCCCUUUGCUGGUAACAGCCCAAUCGAUGGAUAUCAUAUAUAUUAUAAACAAAUCUCAGAUAUUUGGCAAAAUGCCGAACAUAUCACCGUCACCGGUGGCCAAACCGUUGUCAACAUACAAAACCUACGUCCUGCUAAGGCCUAUCACAUUCGAAUGUCCGCAGAAAAUAAAUUGGGUGCCUCAGAGUAUUCGGAGGUUGUACAAGUAACCACUCUGGAGGAAGUGCCAUCCGGGCCACCGCUAAAUGUGCGCGCAGAAGCCAAAAGUUCUACAGAGAUAUCUGUCACAUGGGAUGCACCUGAACGUGACCACUGGAAUGGAAUACUGCUCGGUUAUUAUGUUGGAUACCAAAUGUCGUUAUCACCUGAAGAUAAAGAAGUGAAUCCCACUCAGGGGUUUAGUUUCAAAACUGUCGAAGUGCGCUCACAUUUUGGUGGAGAAACUAUAUUGAGUAAUUUGAACAAAUUUACUCCAUACCACGUUAUUGUACAAGCGUACACUAGUCAAGGAAGCGGACCACCGAGCAGGGAGAUAGCAGUACAAACCAUGGAAGAUGUGCCUUCUUCACCUCCAGAGAGUCCUCAAUGCGACGUAUUGGGAUCCACAUCAAUUUAUAUAACAUGGUCACCUCCUGAUCUAGACGGGCAGAACGGCAAAAUUAAGGGCUACAAAGUAUUUUACAUAUCUGUUAAUGAAUUAUACGAAACGGAUCCCGAAGUUAUGAAGUCAACAAAUCAAUAUGUUACGAUUGAAAAUCUGCGUAAAUACACUAACUACACGGUUUGGGUGCUUGCGUAUACCAAAGUGGGCGAUGGCAUGAAAACGAAACCAUUUUAUUGCCGUACACAUGAGGAUGUGCCUUCUGCGCCACAGGCUAUUAAAGCAAUACCUGCUUCCAGCACGAAAAUACUUAUAUCUUGGCUGCCACCAGAAUUUCCUAAUGGAGACAUUACCGGAUACACUUUCUACAUGUCCAUGCUUGAAGGUGGCCGAGAAGAAGGCACCCACAAACGUAUACUUGGACCGUUUGUCGAGAUGCAUGAGACUCAGCGGACCCAAGAAUCAGCUACAUAUCAAUUUUGGCUUACUGCCUCGACAAAGGUUGGCGAGGGUGAGAAAACUCAAGUUGUUACAGUGCCCCCAAACAACAAAGUCCCCGCUCGCAUCGUUUCAUUCAGUCAGCGUAUAAUAAGCCCUUGGAAAGAGCAUCUUGAAUUACCAUGUCGCAAAGUAGGUUCCCCAGCACCUGUGACCAUUUGGAGGCAAGAUGGGCACAAUAUGGAUACAAAUGCCCGAAAGGUUAUUGCAAAGAAUGGUACACUCUAUAUGCGAGAGUGUCAGGCCAGUGAUGCUGGCAAUUACACUUGCAGCGUUGAAAACACUUGGGGCAAGGACGAGAUUGUAUAUAAUAUUGUUAUAAAAGUGCCACCAGAAGCACCAAACCUUACUGUGGUGAAUAGUUAUACAGACAGUUUACACCUGGAGUGGAUGGAUAAUAAUCACGGUGGAAGUCCCAUUCUCGGUUAUGUGAUAAAUUAUAAACGUGAGAAUGGCGAUUGGGAAGAACUGCAGGUAGAUGCCAAAACAAAUUCACACUUGUUAACUAAUUUAUGGUGUGGAACCCGGUAUCAGCUGUACAUAACGGCCUACAAUAAGAUAGGUACAGGUUUGCCAUGUGACAUUGUGAAUUCGUAUACGAAGGGUAAUCCACCUGUUCAGCCGAAGCAUUCCCAAAUGAUAACGAACAAUUCCACUAGUGUGACAUGUUGGCUAGACUCAUGGGGUGAUGGUGGAUGUGGCAUUUUAUACUUCAUGAUUGAGUCGCGGAUGUUUGGGAGAUCACAAUGGAAUGUGGUUUCCAAUCACAUUCCUCCGACAGAGCGCAUCUAUACGGUUAGUGAUCUAGUUCCUGGUACGAAAUAUCAAUUAAAAGUUACGGCUCAUAACAAUGCUGGCUCUACAACGGCAGUAUAUAAUUUUACCACACUCUCACCUAAAGGGGUUAUAUACCCAACAGAUCACGGGAACCCCGUGUCCCAUAUAAGCGAUGGUCCUUUCUAUGCGAAUUUUAAAGUGCUCCUUCCUGUGUGUCUUUCGAUGUUUAUGCUAUUGGGUAUAAUAGCAGCGGUGCUACUCAUUCGCAAAAGAAAAAUCGACAAUCAAGCACGAUUAGCCUCUUCUUCAAUGUCCGAAUCUCCAUCUUUGACCAAUUUGCAAAAUAAGCAAAAUCGCGAUCAGCAAUACUUGGCCGUGCGCUGCAACCCCGGUGGUGGACCACCUCGUGGUUCCCAUUCCAAUGACUCGGGCAGCUUUGGGAAGGCCGAAGGGAAUGAAUACAUAGAGGACAUUUGCCCUUAUGCUACAUUUCAACUGAAUAAACAAACAUAUAGUGAAAGCUCCUAUAGCGGUAAUGUAUACAGUGGACCAUAUCACUCAGUACGUGGCUCAUUCGUGUAUCAUGACGUGAAGCCCGAGAGCUAUCAUUCCAAGGAACCAGAGUAUACGAAAGUGCGCCGAAAAGUGGGACGUUUACGUGAUCCUCAUUCGGAAAGUCAAGAAUCGGACAAUCCAGGUUCAACAGAUUCCGAAGUUAGGAAAAUCCUAACUCUUCACAUACCAAUUACAGAAUAUGACACACUAGGCUCCGAGUCUGACAACGACGUGUCUGCCCGCGCCAUGAACUCAGCGAAAUACCGAACACAACGUGAUACCCAAGAUGAAACAUCUUCAUCAUCGGAAACUACGCCAACAAGUUUAACGAGAAAAUCUAAACCACCAUUUGUGGCACGCAAAAGUGGAAAAUCAGGUACAAGUGGCAAACGUCAUGUACGCAGUUCUAGCGGCUACUCGAGUCACAACGAAGAAACCACAUUUAGCAUUUCCAACUAUCCACCAAAUUAUCAGGAUCAUAUAAAUCCCCCGGCGCGUUUUUCUGACUCCAACGACAAAUCGAAAACUCAAACUUCACCGCGGGUACGAGGCAAUCAGAAAUUGCAAAGGGAGGCAUUUCAAAUCAACGUGUAACAGGAACGAACUGAUAAACUUUCUAGUAAUGAGUAACUAAUGUAAAAUCGUAAUGUGAAAAAUAGCAAAUCAAGUUGAAAGAAGUGUUUA